UUUUUUUCUCUCUCUCCAUUCUCUGUCUCGCUCCUGCAGGCUAGCGCUGCUUUUUUUCUUUUCCAGUUCUUCAUCCUGAUUGGCAUCGGUCCCUUUUCUCCCGCAACUUCUCUGGCCUUUUCCCACACGUUCUUUUCUUCUCUGUGCCUGCACGUGCCCCUAUGUGUCCCUGACUGCAUAUUGUCCUCCCCCCUUCUCUACCUCUCUCUGUCUUGCUCACUGAAACCCACCCCCCUCAUUCUGUAUCUCCCUUUCUCCUUCCUCCACCCUCUUCACCUCGCCCUCUCAGACCCUGUGUGCUGCUCCCUGUCUCCACUAUUGAUUGCUUCAUCUCUCUGUCUUGUUCUCUCUUCCUGUCUUUUCUCAUGCUCCACCCCUCUAUCAUUCUCUCUGUUGCUCUUGUUGGUUCCAGGCUAGCAUCCUGCUCCCUUCUGCAGUCGUCUCCUGCUGUCUGGCUCCCUGUCCCUCACAUCUCUUCUAGAUGCCUCUGUCCUGCCUCUUUCUUGAUCCCUCUGGCCUGCUCCCCUUUGCUGGCUUGGCACUCUUUCUCCACCUCUCUGUCUCGGUCCUGUCUGUCUCCUCAUCUCUUGGUUGCUACUGUUUCUUUCUCCAUCAGUGUCUCACUGCCUGUCCCUUUUCUCUUCUCCCUGUCCUCCAUUGUCUCCCUAACUUUUUGCCAUUGUUUCUUGCUAUAUCCCCCUGCCCCGGUCAGUGUCCAGUUAUUUCUUGUGUUGUGCUCCCUUUUUUCAAAUUCUGCAGCCCAGCCAUGGUUUUAUUCUCUCCCUUUAUUUGUCCUGAUCUGUGUGUGUUUUUCUUUCACUUCCUCAACCACUCCAGCUUGUUCUGUACUUUUGUAUCACUCUCACUCCUCUCUUUCUUAUGCUGCUCAACAUUUUUGCUCACCUAUAUCUUCCGUCUUGCUUGGAGCAGCUCCCUGUUCCCAUCUUGUAGGUCCUCCCUCUCUCUGCCCUGUACCCUGCUGCUGUUGUUGCCUUUCUCCAUCCAUCUCUGUCCAGCUCCCUGUCCCUAUUAAUUCCUUCCUCAUCUUCCUGCACCCACUGCUAUUCCUUGUGAUCUCCAUCUCUCUCUGUUCAGCUCCCUGUCCCCAGUUUUUCAUUCCUACCUCUCUCCCUCAUAGCCUGUCUGGCCUUUUUCCUCGGUGUCUUUCUCUCUGGCUGACUCCCUUCUGCUAUUUUUUAUUUCCUCCCUAUCCUCCAUCUUGUUGCCCAUCACUCUUUUGUCUUGUCUCUCCAUGUCUCUCUGUCUGUCUUCCAGUCACUGUUCUUUAAUUCCUCCCUCUUCCCUGUAGCUUGCUACUAUUUUUUUCCCCAUUCGCCAUCAUUCUCUGUCUGGUGCCCUGUCCCUAUUUAUCAAUUAGUCCCUCUCUGCCUUAUGGUCUGUUUAUUUCCCCAUUUAAUUUUUGACUCUCUCUGUCUGGCUCCUUGUCCCUGGUUUGUUAAUUCCUUCCUCUGUGCCCCAUACCCCAUGUGAUCUUUUCUUUUUUGUGGUCUGUUUCUGGCUGGCGCUCUGUUACUAUUCAGUAAUUCCUUUCUUGACAUCCCAUAGUCUGUUGUUAUUGUCUUUUCUCCAUCUCACUGUCUCUGUUUCCCCUGUUUUAGAAUUCCCCCCUUCUUUCUGUAUGCAUCAGUUUUAGUUUUUGGCUCCAGGUCUCUUCCUUUCUGGGUCGCUGUCCCUGUUUCCUAAUUCUUCCUUCUGUGCC